AUGCACGCAUCAGCCUUGAGUCUCCCGAUAGAAUUAUUGUAUUUUAUUUUUGAACAUCUCCAAAAUCAAACACAGGAGGAGCCCAACGACCUACUCGCGGAAAUUGUCGUAUCACACGUCUGCUCUGCCUGGCGAUCGAUAGCGAUAGGAUAUCCCAGGUUCUGGUCAUGGUACGCAUAUCGCCACGAGAAAAGGCAUAAACAGGAAUUAGAGCGACUUGUCGUUUAUCUCGAACGAUCUUGCAACCAUCCUCUGUAUUUGUGGUUCGUACUCCGGUCAUAUCUCCCUGGCCCACGUAUCCUCCACCCAAGGGCACACUCCGAUACCAAAGAAUCAAGAGCAAUUUCUCUAAUCCAGAAAGCCACAAAGCACGCUCGCAGAUGGCGUUGUAUCUCAAUCGACAUUCGAGGGGCGGAAGAAUCCUAUCAAAGAUCGUCGAGUUUCUUCUCGCCUCUACAAAAUCUAUCUUUCCCAGAACUGGAGACCUUUGAGGUGUAUGUGCCACGCUUAUUGUACAGUGCUUACUUAGACGACUUGUUUGGUGGUGAACUGGCGACUCCUAAGCUGUGGUUUGUUCGCAUAGACCCCAUCUCUUCUCUGCAUUUCAAUCCACCACACAGUAUCACAACACUCGAGUUACAUUGGGAGUACGGCGACCCAUACCCAUUAAUGCCCGAAUUCCUCGAAGUAUUAUUGGAAAUCAUGGCCUCUCCAAUGUUGACGACCGUAUCCAUAAUUGGAGAAAUGUUCGAUGAUGCAUGCACUACCGGGUUUCUGUCAAAGAGGAAACGGUUUUCUACUUCUAUCAAAAACCUUCGGUGCAGUAGCUCUAUAUUCUCGAGCGCUAUAUUUCGUCAUUUUCAGUUCCCUCGGCUGGAAAUGCUGUUCUUGCAGGAGAUUGUCCUCAGGAGAAUAUUUAAUUUCCGACCAAUCGACCCGAUUUUGAAGAUCUUUCCUAGACUACGAACUCUUAUUCUCCUCAACUGCUACAGCCUCACUCGAGAAUGCAUAAUUUCUCUCGCCCAAUACACGCAGAAUGUGAAGCAUCUAUACAUCCUUCAAGAUCCGGCGCUAUUAAUAGGAGUGCAUCUAGUUGACUAUGAAGAAAGAUCGGUGUUCUUCGCGAUAGUCGACGAGAAGAUCCUUUCCAAUACAACUAUAUGGCCUGAUCUUGACACCGUAAUGUUCUCUACACCAUUACCACAUGUUAUCUCCUCGGAACAAGUUGCAUCAUGCAUCGACAUUGUCCAGAUCCGGAAAAAACAAUGUAUGCUCCGCAUCCCCAGGUAUAACGCGAAGUACUGGGAAUCAGAAGACCCUGUACUGUGGGCGUCAUUUUCGGAUACAGGAAAGCUCGAGAUAAUUCCUGUCGACGCCAACAAAUCGAUAGGCCGCUGGUUGCCUUGGCCUUCGCGAAAGCUUCAAGGGAUUAAACGUCUCGCUGACAUCUACAAUGGAGAUCCAUUCUUGCGUCCUAUUGAUUCUAGUCUUGAAGACUAUGAUAGCAGUGGCAAUUCUUAG